AGACGCAGGCGCAAUAUCACUCCUUCUGUCAAACAUGGCUGUGCUUUUGAAGAAAGAAAAAUGCUGAAUUGUGUUGGUAGAUUUCGGAAAAAGCAGCAAACAUGGCGAGAUUGGCUGAUUAUUUGAUUGUCGUGGGAUUAGAUCAGGACAAAACCGGUGCAGGAGAAGGAUGUGGGAAGAUCAUCCAGCGCUUCCCCAAAAAGGACUGGGAGGGCACAGCGUUUCCCCAGGGGGUGGAGAUGUUCUGCCAGCCAGGAGGAUGGAGGCUGUCCCGAGAGAGGAAAGCUCCCACCUUCUUCACGGUGGUGUUGACGGACAUCGACUCAGACAGACACUACUGCUCCUGCCUCACCUUCUACGAGGCAGAGGUCAACCUGCAGGGAACAAAGACCACCGAUGCAGAUGAGGAUGAGGAAGAGGAUGGCUUGAUCCAGCCCGCUCAAGUCUUUGCACCAAAAAGUCUCAUUCUGGUCUCCAGGCUCGAUUAUCCUGAAAUAUUCCGGGGCUGCUUGGGCCUGAUCUACACGGUGUACGUCGACAGCCUGCCGUUCCCCCUGGAGGGGCUGGUUUCCAACCUCUUCACGUGCAUGGUUCCUGUGGCUGGUGGCUCCCAGAAAUUGUUUUCCCUGGGAGCUGGCGACCGACAGCUAAUCCAAACCCCUCUGAAUGACAACCUGCCUGUUACAUGCAAGAGUGUGGCCCUGCUCUUCCAGCAACUUGGAAUCCAGAAUGUUCUGAGUCUUUUCUGUGCGGUUCUGACCGAACACAAGGUUUUGUUCCAUUCUACGAGCUACCAGAGACUAGGGGAGGCGUCGCGUGCCCUGGAGGCACUCAUGUUCCCCCUCAAAUACAGUUACCCAUACAUCCCCAUCCUGCCGUCACGGCUGCUAGAGGUGCUGAGCUCACCCACCCCCUUCAUCAUCGGGGUCCACUCCAUGUUCCAGAGCGAGAUCCAAGAACUGUUGGACGUUAUCAUAGCUGAUCUGGAUGGAGGAACCAUAAAGAUUCCAGAGUGCAUCCACCUGUCCCAGCUCCCUGAACCACUGUUACACACCACACAGACUGCCCUGUCUCUGGUUUUGCAUCCUGAUCUGGAGAUAGCUGACAAUGCCUUCCCACCCCCUCGCACAGCCCCCUCCAACCUCAAACUGUUGGAUAAGGAGGUGCGAGCCGUGUUCCUCAGGCUGUUUGCACAACUCUUCCAGGGCUACAGGUCCUGCCUGCAGCUCAUCCGCAUCCAUUCCGAACCUGUUAUCCACUUUCACAAGACUGCCUUCCUGGGCCAGAGAGGCCUGAUCGAGAAUGACUUCCUGACCAAGGUUCUGGAUGGCAUGGCCUUCGCUGGCUUCGUGUCCGAGAGGGGUCCGCCUUACAGAGCCUGUGAUCUCUUUGAUGAGCUGGUGGCCUUUGACAUGGAGCGCUUUAAGGAGGGGGCGGCUAGCCCUGCCAAGCUGCAGAAGCACAUGAGGGAACUCUCUGACCAACUGUACAAAAACGAGAAUCCCAACCCCCACAUGGCGUUCCAGAAAGUGCCUCGGCCCACAGAGGGCUCCCACCUGCGGGUGCAUGUGUUGCCCUUCCCCCUGCUGGACGAUGAGAAGGUAGAGCGGCUGCUGGCGGAGGGCCUGGCCAAGCAUCCCAGCGCCGCUGCCAUCACUACCACCACCCGCGCAGAGAGGAAGUGUGUGGUGCCCGCCGGCCCUCCCGUGGUGUCCAUCAUGGGGAAGAUGGGCUCAGUGUUCAACAGCGCUCGUAGGCUGGAGGUGGUGAGGAGCUGCAUCUCCUUCAUCUUCGACAACAAGACCCAGGAGACGGAGAAGACCCUGCCGGCUGCGUUGCGUGCUCUGAAAGGCAAGGCGGCUCGCCAGUGUCUGACUGAGGAGCUCAGUCUGCACGUCCAGCAGAACCGGGCCAUACUGGACCACCAACAGUUUGACUACGUCAUCCGCAUGAUGAACUGUGCCCUCCAGGACUGCUCCAGCUCUGAAGAGUACACGGUCGCCUCUGCCCUGCUGCCCCUGACGACGGCCUUUUACCGGAAACUGCCAGCUGGUGUGAGCCAGUUUGCCUACACCUGUGUCCAGGACCAUCCCAUUUGGACCAAUCAGCAGUUCUGGGAGGCCACGUUCUACAGCGAGGUCCAGAACCAGAUCCGAGCCCUGUACCUCACCGCCCCUGACAAACUAGGCAUCAGUGCCAGGCUAAAGCGCACGGCCAUGGACCUGGCGGCGGAGCAGCUGCGCGCCUGGCCCUGCCUCAGCAAGGAGAAGCAGCAGGAGCUGGUGAAGAACGAGGAGAGCACGGUGUUCAGCCAGGCCAUCCACUACGCCAGCCUCCUGGUCUACCUGCUGGUCCCCCUGGACACCAGCAAGAACAAGCUGCUCAGAGCCAACCCCGUCGCUGACUGGGAGAGCGGCAGCAACAGCAUCGUCACCAACAGUAUUGCAGGCAGUGUGGCGGAGAGCUUUGACACAGAGAGUGGCUUUGAGGACUCUGAGAACAGCGACGUGGCCAUCUCUGUGGUACGGUUCAUCGCCCGCUUCAUUGACAAGGUGUGCACAGAGAGUGGCGUCAGCCAGGACCACAUCAAGAGUCUGCAUAGCAUGAUCCCAGGCAUCGUGGCCAUGCAGAUGGAAACUCUGGAGGCAGUCCACAGGGAGAGCAGGAGGCUGCCGCCCAUCCAGAAGCCUAAGAUCCUGCGCCCAGCGCUGCUCCCUGGUGAAGAGUUUGUGUCGGAGGGUCUUAGAGUGGUCCUGGACCCUGAUGGCAGAGAGGAGGCUACGGGGGGGAUGCUCGGGGGACCGCACAUCCUGCCAGCAGAGGGAGCACUCUUCCUCACCUCCUACCGCAUCAUCUUCAAGGGCUCCCCACACGACCCACUAGUGGGGGAGCAGGCUGUGAUCAGGAGCUUCCCAGUGUCCACCUUGACCAAGGAGAAGAAGAUCAGCGUCCAGAACCAACUGCAGCAGAACAUGCAGGAGGGACUGCAGCUCCGCUCGGCAUCCUUCCAGUUGAUCAAGGUGGCGUUUGACGAGGAGGUGAGCUCAGAGAUGGUGGAGGUCUUCAGGAAACACGUCCAGAGGAUCCGCUACCCUCAGUCCAUCUUCAGCACAUUUGCCUUCGCCGCAGGCCAGACCGCUCCCCAACUCAUCCUUCCCAAACAGAAGGAGAGGAACACAGGUUUCAGGACGCUGUCCAAGACCAUUGUGAAAGGAGCCAAGAGAGCUGGGAUGAUCACCAUGGGCCGUCAGAGUCAGACCACGCUGAAGAAGAACGACAGAGGGAGUCGGAUGACCUGGCACGAGGAUGAUGACAUCUCAGUGUCAGAUGAGGGUGAGCCACCCCCCAUCAGCACGUUGAGGGCGUCAGAGAAGUCCACCAUGGAGCAGCUGGUGGAGCGGGCGUGUUUCCGUGACUACCAGCGGCUGGGCCUGGGCACCAUCACAGCCAGCUCCUCCCGCUCUAAGACAGGAGAGCAGUUUAGAGUCACUGCAGUCAACAGACUCUACUCCCUCUGUCGCAGUUACCCAGGGCUCCUGGUGGUUCCCCAGUCGGUGCAGGACAGCAGCCUGCAGAAGGUGGCCCGUUGUUACAGACACAACCGCCUGCCAGUGGUGUGUUGGAAACACCCCCGCACCAAAGCUGUGCUGCUGCGAUCCGGAGGCUUCCACGGCAAGAGUGUGGUGGGACUCUUUAAGUCCCAGAACCAAUCUUCAACAGCCCCUGCCAACUCUUCAGAGUUGUCCAGUAGUCUGGAGCAGGAGAAGUAUCUACAGGCCAUCCUCAACUCCAUCCCUGUCUACUUCAAACUGAACGGCAGCAACACUCUGUCCAACCGCUCUCUCAUCGGCCUCUCACCAGGCAGUGAAAGGAGGACAUCUAGAAUACCAAAGAUGGCUCCCGUCCAUUUGGACAUGCCCUUCUCCAACAGCUUUGCCAGAGGAGGUGUCUGGGCCAGCCUGCGUUCCAGCAGCCGCUUCAGCCAGCACCCUUCUGCAACCGAUGUUGGUGCCAGGCUGGCAGGGAAGGAUUUGGCGCCCCCUGCAGGCAGCGAGAGCCUGCAUGCCCAGCUCCUCAAACAGCAGGCUGCCCUCUACAUUUUUGGAGAGAAGUCCCACCUCAGGGGCUUCAAACUGGACUCUACUCUGAACUGUGAACUGGUGCCUGUGGACUUUGCUGACACGCGCCAGAUCAAAGGUGCCUUUAAGAAGCUGCUGAGGGCCUGUGCUCCGAGCGCUACGUCUUCAGACACACAGGACUCCUUCCUCAAAGCCCUGGAGGACUCUGAGUGGAUCCUUCAGCUUCACAAGCUCCUGCAGUUGGCCCUGAUUCUGGUGGAGCUGCUGGACAGUGGCUCGUCCGUCCUGCUGAGUCUGGAGGAUGGCUGGGACAUCACCACACAGGUGGUGUCCCUGGUCCAGCUGCUGAGUGACCCGUUCUACCGGACUCUGGAGGGCUUCCAGGUGCUGCUGGAGAAGGAGUGGCUGUCCUUCGGCCACAAGUUCAGCCAGCGCUCCAUCCUGACCCCCAGCAGCCAGGGCAGUGGUUUCACGCCCAUCUUUCUGCAGUUCCUGGACUGCGUGCACCAGAUCCAGGACCAGUGCCCCUUGGAAUUUGAGUUUAAUCAGCACUAUCUGAAGUUCCUGGCAUACCACUACAUCUCCAACCGCUUCAAGAACUUCCUCCUGGACUCCGACUACGAACGCCUGGAGCAUGGCACAUUGUUCGAGGACAAGCCGGGAGACAAGCAGGCCAGGAGGGGGGUCUGUAUCUGGGAGUGUAUCAGCAGAAUGCACCGGAGGAGUCCACUGUUCUUCAACUACCUGUACAGUCCCACAGAGGCUGAGCCGGUGCUCAAGCCCUCUAUUAGCAUCCCUGCUUUGAGGAAGUGGGACUUCUUCACGGGGGAGACCCUGUGCACAGGCCCGUCCUAUGACUGGAGGAUGCUGGCUGUCAGGUCGGAGAACAUGGAGGAGACGGACACCAUCGCCACCAGCAAGAGGAGGAUCGUGUGGCCCUGCUACAGCAGUGUGGGGCGCGCCCAGCCUGACGCUAUCACCAAGCUCCUGGCUGACAUAGAGCGGCUGGAGGGGGAGAUGAGCCAAGCACCAGAGAGGUGGCAGGCCACUCUGGAGAGAGUCCGAGUCAGUAUCCAGGAGGACCUCAAACAGGAGGGAAAUCUCCGCAAGCAGUCUGCGUCCACCUCGGGGCUGAUCCCCACGUCCAGUCUGCAGGCGUUCCAGAGACGUUCCAUACUGCACCUGCCUGACACUGGCUUGGGGGAGGACACCAGCCCCACUGCCACUAACGGGGUCAACCGCCGGGCCGCCACACUCUACAACCAGUUCACCCCCAAGAACGAGGAAAACAGAUCGUUUGAGGGGAUUCUUUACAAACGAGGAGCACUGCUGAAAGGAUGGAAACCUCGCUGGUUUGUUUUGGACAUUACAAAACACCAACUGAGGUACUACGACACGGGGGAGGACACUAACUGCCGGGGCCACAUUGACCUGGCGGAGGUGGAGUCAGCUCUGAUCGCCACCCCCACCAUAGGAGCUCCUAAACACAUCAGUGAGAAGGCCUUCUUUGACCUGAAGACCACCAAGCGAGUGUACAACUUCUGCGCCUCGGAUGCCCAGAGCGCCCAUCAGUGGAUGGAUAAGAUCCAGAGCUGCAUCUCCGACGCGUGAUCUCUGAACUCCCCAGCCAGGGCGUGGUCGGGAUGUGGUCAGGUCACUGCAUUAACACUUAAGUGCAGCAAGGUGGAUGAGGGCAGAGACUGUGGGCACAUAUAUACAGUACAUAUUCAGCUCAGUCACCAUGGGAGUGGCUUUAACAUGAGGACCACAGUGAUCUAAGUGCCUGUUAGUGGAGGCUAUGCCGUACAUCCAUCCAUCCUGCUGCCUUGCAGGACCCAGGCAGUCUUCACUCUGUCUGCCUGACAGCUUUAGCAGGAGUUGAUGAAUGUGUCCUGGUCUCUGCCGUCAGCUCUCUCUGUACUGUACCUUGUUACUGCUACAGGGAUCAACACUUAUAGUGAAAAGUAAAUGGCUGAAACAGAUGGCUGAGCACUACUAAGGAUAGUUUAUGCCAUUUCAGUUGUAAAUAGAUAAAAGCAAUAGCACUGGCCAUUUUAAACUGUGGGUUCAAUAUAUAAACGAAAAUAUAUAAAACAUACAAGAGAAUUUAUAUUAGAUAUUUUACAAUGAGGAAAAGGUGUUGCUGCUUGACAAAAGGUCUAAACCACCAAAAACGGAGGUUUUGAAAAUGCACAAUAUGACAAGGCAAUUUGUUUGCACUUAGUUCUAUAAUAUGCACUCCAUAUAGAAUGAUAGAUUUUCUUACUGAAGCGAACAGCCAGGCAAAAGGCAUUACUUUAUAACGAUGUAUAAAAGGACCUUUUCCUUAUCAAGACAAAUUGGAAGAGAGAAAAAACACUAUAAAGUUCAAAACAUGUUUCUGACAUUUUAUAUUUAAGUGAUGUCCUCUAUUUUUAAACAUACACUAUGAAUGUUUUUACUCAUGUAUAACAGUUUGUUUGUUCUUGUGAUGUAAAUUAUUUUUUUUAUUAAAAGAGUAACUCAUUGUUAAAGUGUGGUGGCUUAAUGUUUUAUGUAAAUACUCAUGUGAUAUUCCAUUUUUAUUUGAUUUGAUAUAUAACGUGUGUAUGCUUUUCUAACUGAGACUGUACUAGACCAUGUCUUAUGUGCCAAUAUAGCAACCUUGUUUCCUAUCUUUGAUGAGACUGACUGAGCCAUUGUGUCUUUAGAUGAAGAGGAGUCGACUCUUUCUCAGGAUAUCCAGAAAGGCUCUGUCGUAAGGACUUUUAAAUCAAUCAGUCAGACGGUGUUUGUUUCAUCUGUUGUCUGCACCUUCCAGAGAACAAAGCAAAAGAAGAGAAUCAAAGUCAUUUCAGAAGCUAUAUGUUACUGUGUCUUUUGUACCAUGUUUUGCAUUGAUACUAAUGUUUGGUUUUGUUUAUAAAUCAAGAGUACUUGAACUA